UAUGACACUUAAUAGCAAGAUCCCAAAAUUUAGUAAAUAACCAUGACACGAUAUGCGGUUUAGGAGUCAUUUAUCCAGCUAUAUAUGUGCCCAUCAUAAUUAGAAAACUAGGGCAUGGAACUAGGGAAGGAGGAAUUAUUAACAAACCACCAUUGCCAACAACCAGUAAAAGAAAACAAAGGAAUAAGUAAGAAGGUGAGAUGGGAGACAAAUACAUUGCAUUGUUGUUGGUUUGCCAUGUAGUCGUUGCAUGUGUUAAAGCUGAGACCUUUGAAGAAAAACGCAGAGGCUGCUACAAUUAUUGCACUGAAGCUUGCAUUUACCCUCGAUCUUUCUGCAAGUGGUGGUGUAAUGGUCGCUGCAAAAACCCAGCACUAUGCGACAGCUUAGUAGAAGAUAAUGGACCAAAAGAAUAUCCUGUACCAACAGAAGAAGACUACAACAACUAUAUCUCGACCCCACCCACAUCCCCAUCACCUAAGAAGAAUGAGGUGCAUCCUAAAUUGGUGGCAGAAGACGAGCCUAAGUUGGAAGCAGAGGACGAGCCAAACCAUGAUUUGUAGAAUGCAACGGAGUCCAUAGAGGGUGUUUUCCAAUUGCACAUGUAGCUUAA